AUGACCAGGAAGGUGUUCACCAACACGAGGGAGCGCUGGCGCCAGCACAACGUUAACACGGCCUUCGCCGAGCUCCGCAAGCUCAUCCCCACCCAUCCUCCAGAGAAGAAGCUGAGCAAGAACGAGAUCCUGCGCCUGGCCAUGCGCUACAUCAACUUUCUGGUGCAGCUGCUGGAGAGCCAGAGCGGUCAGCCGGCCAGCCACUCCCCCACCGCUCUGCUCACCUUCCUCAGAGGAAACAUGGAGCAACUGCACUCCCCUCCUCACCCGUGGGCCAUGACGAGUGACACCGAGGGUCUGUCACCCGGGUCCAGCUGCGACAGCACAGAGGCCUGGUAGA